AUGGAAACCGACACCAGCAGCUGGCGAGAGAGAGACUUUGCUCAGAACUGCACCUACAUCGUCCCAGACCAGAGCUCUGACCCCAGCUUCAACCUCCCCCACGCCAUGACAUCCAUUCCCCGCAACCUCACCUUCCAGUACGGCCACGACAACGAGGUGACCGGGGUGUUCAGUAAGGAGUACAUUCCCAUGGGAACACGCUUCGGGCCUCUGCAGGGCGACGUCUACACCAGAGACUCAGUCCCCAAACACGCCAACCGCAAGUACUUCUGGAGGAUCUACAGUGGUGGGCAGCUGGAGCACUUCAUCGAUGGUUUUGACGUGCGAAGCAGUAACUGGAUGCGGUUCGUGAACCCGGCGAGAGCACAGAGCGAGCAGAACCUGGUGGCGUGCCAGAACGGCCACCACGUUUACUUCUACACCAUGUGCGCUGUGGAACCAGGGAAGGAGCUGCUGGUCUGGUACAGCCCCGAGUUCUCCCAGAGGCUUUGUGGAGACAAAGCAGGAACGGACGCCAAGAACGAAUGCGCUGACGAAGAUGACAAAACCGAGACCACCAGACCGUACCUACCUCAGUCAGCCUGGCCCUGCGACCUCACCGCCGACCGUCUCAAAGAGGAGCGUGAGGACGAGAAGAUCGACGUGGAGAUCCUGGAGCGAGACACUCCCCCAGACACUCCUGAAGACCAGGUCAUGGACUUCAGCAAGAAAGACCAAAGCCACGACCGGGAAGAUGACCGCCAGGCUGGUCCAUCGCCUCAGCCAGACCAACGAGAGGCCAACCAGGCUCUGAACCAGCAAUACUUAGCAGAGCGUGCUAGGAACUUCCCUCUGCACCUGCACGGCUUGUACGGUCACAGAGAAGGCCUGGUCAACUCUUACCCCCUCUACCCUCAGUCCAGACCUCUGCAACCUGCCGCGUACCAUCUGCUACCACACUACGGGAGCCACUACCAGAGGCUACUCAUGCCUUCGUACUCCCCCCCUUUCCCUGGCAUGGUUCCCUCCAGAGGACAGCUACGCUAUGCUAACUACCUGGGCACAGACGGGCUCCCGUACCCGGCUAUCGGAGCGCAGAACCUGGUCUCAAUGGCGUAUCCGUCCUCGACGCAGGGAGGGUUGAAGGAGCUAACGGCAAACGUAUCUCCGCCCAGAGGAGCCCCAGCAACGCCCGAGCUCUCCCCCAUACCCAAGUCUCACCAGCAGCCGGUUCAGAAGGUGCAGUCUCCGGAGCAGACCAUGACAAGCUGCGAGGAGGCCGUUAACCUGAGUCUGGCCUCGGCGAAGGGGAGUGGAGCCUCGAGGAAUGGGCCGGGACACAGAUCGCUGCCGUAUCCUCUGAAGAAGCAGAACGGGAAGAUCAAGUACGAGUGCAACGUGUGCAUGAAGACCUUUGGGCAGCUCUCAAAUCUGAAGGUUCAUCUCAGAGUCCACAGUGGGGAGAGGCCUUUCCAGUGUAACUUGUGCAAAAAGAGCUUUACUCAACUCGCUCACCUACAAAAACACCACCUGGUCCACACUGGGGAGAAGCCACACGAAUGCCAAGUCUGCCACAAGCGCUUCAGCAGUACCAGCAACUUGAAGACUCACCUGCGCUUACAUUCAGGCGAGAAACCCUACCAAUGCAAAUUGUGCAACACCAAAUUCACACAGUACAUCCACCUGAAGCUCCACCGCCGGCUCCACAGCGGGAGAGACAGACCCUACCGCUGCCAUCUCUGCCCCGCAGCCUUCUUCCAUCGCUUCUCCCUUCGCAUCCACCAACGCAGCUGCUGCACGGCUAGCACCAACGCCCCGUCAAACGCUAGCAUGAAGGAGAUGGUGGAGAGGUUCGAUGCCAGCCAGGAAGCCGACACGCUAACAGAGACUGCAACCGUGCUGCAACUGGAGGAGGCCGUGGAGCGGUGGUUAGCUCUAGGGGGGGUCCCUCAGAAGUGGGCGUAUUACCAUGUUUCUCGCACCUGCCUCAUUCACAUUGUGUCUGUCAACAUCCCCAGUUCCACACACGCGUCUCUGUCUUCAAACAACCCCGAGGACAGUGCUCUGACCCCGGCUUUGCUCUACUGCUCUGCCCGCUCCUCACCCACCGCCACCAUGGCCAAACAACCCGGCUCCAAGAAGACCCUCAGGGGCCUGUUCUCCAGAGCGGACCCGGGCUUGGAGCAGACGGUGGCGGGUCUGGCGGACAGUAACACCAGUCUGGACAAGAAGCAGGGAGCAGAGAAGAAGAAGUUUAAGUUUCCUGGUUUGAAAGUGAAGCCAAAGCGAAGCGGAGUCUCUGAGAAGUCUACCCCGGAGAGCGCGCGUCUGUCCAGCGACAAAGACGUGGAAUCUGUGGAUGAUAACGUUUCCAUGGAGACGGACCGAUCCUCUCUGUACGCUACUGCUCCAAGAUCAAAGGCUCCUCAGCUGAGCAAGUCGGAGUUGGACCUCAGCUCUAAACCAAAACGUUUUGCUACGUUCUCUCUGGGCCUGAGGAGGAAGAAGAAGAGAGAGGACCCUCUGUCCAGGAGCACCUACACCAUCAACCACUCAGGAGAGGACCUACCAGAGGCUCCUUCUGGUCUCUCUCAGAUCUACACUAAAGCCCAGAGCAGGUCUCAGCCCGAACUCGACACCAGUGAGAUCUUCGACAUCCCGUCUCCUCCCCCUGUGUCUGUCACUGUCCACCACCAGCCAAUCAGCACGCUGCAGACGAGAGACCAGCCAAUCGGCAUGCUGCAGACAACAGAACAGCCAAUCAGCACGCUGCAGACCAGCUCCCAGCCAAUCAGCACGCUGCAGACCAGCUCCCAGCCAAUCAGUGCGCUGCAGACCAGCACCCAGCCAAUCAGCGCGCUCAGCUCCCAGCCAAUCAGCACGCAGGAGACCAGCUCCCAGCCAAUCAGCACGCAGGAGACCAGCUCCCAGCCAAUCAGCACGCAGCAGACCAGCUCCCAGCCAAUCAGCACGCAGCAGACCAGCUCCCAGCCAAUCAGCACGCAGCAGACCCUCUCCCAGCCAAUCAGCACGCAGCAGACCAGCUCCCAGCCAAUCAGCACGCAGCAGACAAGGGACCAGCCAAUCAGCACGCAGCAGACCAUCUCUCAACCAAUCAGCAAGCAGCCAACCAGCAUUCCAAGCACCCGUGAGGAAACUCUGAAAGCUCCCAUUGCCACCAUCCCUGAGCUGAACCUGGAGCAGGACGAAGCCACAACCGCCCCAAGGAAAGUGGAAAAGGCACCCUCAAGGUUCACCAUGCCCAAGUUCAGCCAUAACACGACUGAUGCUAGCGACGUCCAAGUGGCGCAGGCUAAAAUUGCUGUCCGCCAACCAGCACAACCGGAAAUCACGCCUGGAUACAAAAUGGAUGACGCUGUUGCCAUAAAACGGCUCGAAGAUGACAAUAAGAUUUCUGCAGUUGAGAACAUUACAAAAGUUAACCACAAAAUACUCGCCUCAACAGAAGAUUCUACUAUCACUUCUCGUGAUGACACUUGCGGCUUCGAGUCACUUGGAGGCUCCUCUGAUGCUGCCAACGUUCUGAAAUCCAAAACUCCAGUAAGCGCCGGUGAGCAGCUGAAAGUCUACAGAACCUUGUACAGUUCACUUUUCCCCACGGGUUUUGACCAGGAAGUCUUAUCGCCAUCUCACCUCAGUCAACACGUCCACAGUGUGAGAGAGGUCAUCCUGGUCCAGGAGGACAGGGACCGGAUCAGCAGGCCUCUCUCCACAUCCUCUCCGGAGAAGAGAGAAUAUCACAGUCCAGAGAGAGAACCUCGAGAGAGAGAGCCCCCAAGUGCAGUGUGUGAGAAGUCACCUCCCAAACCUGUGUACAUACGCACCACCUACGACUCCGCUCAGACCAACCCCUCGCUAAGAGACACAUUUGCAUAUUCAGAGUUCAGCAGAGAAACCUCCUCUGACGACAUCACAGAGACCACAUGCUCCUUUCCUCUGCCUCAGCCCGAGCCCUCCCAGGAGACUGGCCUGGCUCAGGUUUCAGACUCCAAGAGAAAAGUGGUAUUAGUCAAAGAGCUGGUGACAAAUGAGAACGGUAGCAGCAGCAGCAGCAGAAACUCGGGCUGUCCUACCCCCGUCAUGGAGAAACCAAUAACUAUCAGAACCCUGGAAGAUGAAAGAAGUGAUGUGGUGACAGAGAGGUACGAUGGAGUGACCAGCCCCGCCUAUCUCAGCGUGGGAUCGGACGAUGGGAGCACGAUGGAGGUCUACUACAGCGCCGAGGAAGACGAUUUAUUCACCUCUGACGAGACUGUUAUAGAUGUGACAAGAGAUGGGGGCAGUUUGGAGGAUCUGACUGGGAACAGGACUUUAGUUUCCAAAGAAGACAGUGGUACCAGUGUGCAGAACUUGGAGUUUGUUAGCAGCCUGCAUAGAUCUGAGCAGAAUGGUAUGCUAGCAUCGCAGGUGACGAAGGACUGGUAUGCGAGCGAGGCGUUUGUCGUGGCACCGGUCGGACAAGUGCAGGAAUUUGAAGUUGCGCCCAGAACAGUAGGAGAUGAGAGAAAGGAGGGGGCUGGAGGAGCGAGAUCUGAGCUGGUAGAAAGCAGAUUAGUGCACCACGCCGUAGAAAGUGAAGGUUGUAAAGACAUAGAUGCGUCUGAGGGGCAGUUUGAAGGCAGCAAAGCAGAGGUCAGGGCUGAGCAAGAGGAGGAGGAGCUGAGCGAUCCACACAGAGCAGGGGUGGGUGAUGAAGAUCGCAGGUGCACAGAGGCAGCAGAGGUGAAAUCUGAUGCACACGGAGACAAUAGCUCUGAGCUGAGAGGUGUCCGCGUGGGUUCAGUUACAGAGGAGGAGGGGCAGAGUCAGGGAAGAGACCAGGACCUGGACUGGGACCGAAGACCGGGUCAAAGACUGGACCAAGAGCGAGGUCUGGACCAGGACCAGGAGCGAGGACUUGGCCAAAGUUCGGACCAAAGACUGGACCAGGACCAAGGACUGGACCCGGACCAGGAGCGGGACACGGAGCUGUCACACACAAGCCAAGGGUUCUCCCCGUCUCUCACAGACACCAUGAGCUCCUACAGCAGCCUCAGCACCACCCUGUCCCUCAGACCCAGCCUCAGUCCCCAGAGCGAGGAGCGGUACCGUGUCCGGAAGGUCUCUUUGGUCUCUGAGAAGCAGGAGGAACGGGAAAAAAUCCCCCCCGCUGCUUUAUCUAACGGCAUAGACUCUAAGCCAGACGACAGUGCAUACAGUGGGGUGUUCAAGGCCACUCUGGUGGACUUGGUGUCUGAGCCAGUGCACCCCAGUUCCCCAGAGUACCUCCAGCCGGACCCGCAGCAGGACCCCCAGCAGGACGCCCAGGACUCUCCUAGCCUCUCAGACAUGGCGAACCUGGUUGACACGCUGAAGAACAUGGGCCCCUCAUUGAGGCUCAGGAGUCUGUCUGCCCGAGGAGCCCAGUCCAGCCUGCUGUCGUCCCUGUCUCUGCCCCCCAUCGUGGAGGACGCUCCAAGUCCGGUGACCGCCGCGGCCCCUGCACUGCACCACGGUAACGGUCACAGCCAAUCAGAGGUGGACGGCGUGACUGGGGGUCUUUACACGCUCCCUCCGGACAUCGGGCUCAAGAAAAAUAGCUUCAGAGACAUGAAGUCACCUCUGGAACUGCUCAAGAUGCAGGCACAGCAGGACCAGAAAAUUCUCUCUCGUCCUCGUCGUGGCUCUGACUCCUCCUCUCCUGACGAGCUGCUCUCCCCUGUGCACCUCAACGGCUCCUCCGGCUCCCGCCUUGAUCACAGCAUCAUCUUCUCCAACUUCCGCUCCUCUUCCUCUUCCUCCUCCUCCUCCCUGGACCAGGGCCCGGACAGCGGCAUGCGAGCUCAUAGACUGCUAACACGCACACCGUCGCUGCCCGAGCUCGGACACAGCAGUGAUCGCAUCAGUCUGUCGCCCAGAGAGAGCAGAGAGAUCAAAGAGAGCAGAGAGACCCCCACAGAGGCCUCAGACCCAGUCUCCUCCCGGUCAGAUCGCUUCUCCUUCCUGCUGAACUCCUCGGGGUCUCUCACCGGGGCAGAGGACUACGCCUCCAGGAUUAGCCGCGCACUGAAGCUGAACAUCAGCUCUCCUCCGUCUGGGAACAGUCCCACACUGAUGCUGAGCCCGACAGGGUCUGUGGAGAUGAGGCCCCCCUUAGAGCCACCCCUCAGACUGCAGAGGAGUUACAGCAGCGACGGCGGCGUCUCCCUCUUCAACAACCACACCAGCUUCCAGAACACAGAGCCCGAGCCGGACCGCAACCUGCUCAACAAGUACAGGGCCUUCCCAGACGCUUAUCUCACGAAGGAGAAGGAACACGGAAAACUCAACCCUCGACCCGGAAAGAUGUACAUAUUCGACAGACCAGGAAUGUGCGGACAGAGGAUCGAGAUCCGGAGCGACGUGACAGACGCAACGUCAUGGGAACUGGGAGAAACUAUCUCUAUCAGAGUCCUGAGAGGAGGGUGGGUCCUGUAUGAAAAGCCUGAGUACAAAGGGGAGAAGAUUGCCCUGGAUGAAGGGGAGAUUGAGCUGACCAACCCCUUCGGCUGGGUGGAGGACCAGGAGGAGGACCAGGUGGUGAAUGGACAGAUAAAUGGAGAGGAGCUCACCAACGGAGAGAAGGAGCAGAGUGACUCAUCUGAGGAGAAACCUGCGAGGAAGUGUGUGAUCGGCUCCAUCCGGCGAGCUGUGAGGGACUACAGCGUCCCGGACAUCAGCCUGUUUCCGGAGGAGAACGCAGAGGGGAAAAAGGUGGUCUUCAGAGACUCCUCAGAAGACGCUCGGAUCUUUGGGUUCCCUAUCAAAGCGAACUCCAUCAUCAUCAACGCAGGACUGUGGUUGGUCUAUGCCCAGCCGUUCUUCCAGGGCGUCCCCAGGGUCUUAGAGGUCGGUGGAUACUCGAACCCUGCGGCAUGGGGCGUGGAACAGCCUUAUGUCGCGUCUCUUCAUCCUCUGAAAAUAGGAGAACCUCGAGUGGAGAACAUGGGAGAAGCAAAGAUGGUGGUGUAUGAGAAGCCAUAUUAUUGUGGUAAAUCCAGGACGAUCUCCACAAACGCUCGAGACUUCAUGACGAGGAGCGACCGAGGGCAGCAGGCCUUCAUGCACAACGUGGGCUCACUGAAGGUCACAGGAGGGAUCUGGGUGGGCUUUGAGAAGGAAGGCUUCAAGGGGCACCAGUACCUGCUUGAGGAGGGGGACUACCAGGACUGGAGGGUGUGGGGCGGCUGUGACGCCGAGCUGAGGUCCGUGCGGGUUAUCAGAGCCGACCUGAGUGACCCUGUGAUGGUGAUGUUUGAGCUGCCGGAAGAGGAGCAGGAGGAGCAGGAGGAAAACACUUUUGAGGUGACGGAAGCCAUCGCUGACGUGGAAUUGUUUGGAUACAAGACCUCCACUCGCUCCAUCCACGUCCUCAACGGAGCCUGGGUGGCGUACUCCCAUGUGGACUUCUCUGGGAGUCAGUACAUUCUGGAGAAAGGAUUCUACAACAACUCGGCAGACUGGGGCUCUCUGGACAACAAGAUCUGCUCUGUUCAGCCUAUUCUCCCGGUUCCUCGAGACAACACUAAGAACCGCUCUCAGAUCCUCCUCUACACAGAACCAGAUUUCCAGGGACAGUGUUAUACCAUCGAUCGCAACCAGGAGGCGCUGUCUGAUAAACUCCUGCCCAAGUCCUGCAGAGUGAUAGGCAGCAGCUGGGUGUUGUAUGAGAGUAAACAGUUCCAGGGUCAGAUGUUUGUGUUGUCAGAGGGAGAUUAUCCAAACCUCAGCAGUAUGGGGGUCCCCUCCAGCUGCUACCUGCAAUCUGUGAAGGUCGUUCCUCUGACGUUUGCGGUCCCCUCGAUCUCUCUCUUCGGCCUUGAGUGCCUGGAGGGCAGAGAACUGACGACAGAAGCGGAGAUCUUCAGUCUGGUGGAGGAGGGCUACAACAACCAUGUGCUGUCUGUGCGCGUCAACAGCGGCUGUUGGGUGAUCUGUGAGCACAGUAACUACAGGGGGCGCCAGUUCCUCCUCGAGACCAUUGAGAUCACAAACUGGCCCAAGUUCAGCUCUAUGCAGACCAUCGGCUCCAUGUAUCCAGUCAGACAGAAACGAAGCCUGUUCCGUGUGAAGAACCGUGAUAGUGGUCACUUCCUGUCGGUUCAGGGCGGAGUGGAGGAGCUGAAGUCUGGGAGAGUCGUGGUCUCAGCAGAGCCAGAGCCCAUGAGCGACAUCUGGUACUACCAGGACGGACUCAUCAAGAACAAGCUGUCUCCCUGCAUGAGUCUUCAAGUCAUGGGGAACGUUGAACCCGGAGCAAAAGUGGUUCUGUGGUCGGAGACUCGGCAGCCGGUGCAGAGCUGGACGGCACAGAUGCGAGGCCUGGUGUCGAGCCUCACCUUCUCUGGCAUGGUCCUGGACGUCAAAGGAGGCAAAACGUACGAUAAAGACCAUGUGGUGAUUAUGCACAAGGACGAGGAGCGAGCGACGCAGCAGUGGGACAUCGAGCUGCUCUAG